UGGUCUGAUCCGCUGGGCGGCCCAGCACGCGGCAACAACGACGAGCACCUCCUCAUGUUUCGUCGGGCGGUGGGCAUCAACAGCGAGGCCUCCUCGGCGGAGGACCACAGCACCCUCGAGCAGGGCCGGGCAAGGACAGCCACGGGCAUCUACCGCACCGUCGUCCGGGAGCAGCGGCGGAGACAGCUCCUGCACCAUACCGUCAGCGGGCUGGUCUGGGGCUGCCACGGUAUGCAGAUCGUGGUGGGCGCCACGCUGACGUGCCUUGGGCUGCGGGAGGACGACUUCUACAAGACGGUCACCGUGCUGGGAGCGGUGAACACGGCCAUUGCUGGUGUGUUGACGCUCAUCAAGGGCAAGGCGUUGCCGGAAAAUCUGGGCAAGAGUGAGGCCGACUUCCGCCAGCUCAAGGCGUGGAUCGAGGAGACGGAGUCCUUGCUGGCUCUGGGGGUGAUUGGGCGGGAUAGGAAGGAGGUUGGGCUGUUGAUCGAGACAGCCUUCAGGCGGUACAACGCU